AUGGAUAUCGACGACGAGGACGAUUUCUACGCGCCGGAAGAGCCCCAAGCUCCGGCAACGGCCACUCCGGCCGAGGCGUCGACCGUUAAAAAAGAGCCCAACGACGAGCUAGAGUCGGGGGAGGAAGAGGACGAGGGCGGUGCCAUGGACGAGGACGAGGAUUCCGACAUCGACAUUGUCACAGAGCGCAAAGACUCCCAGCCCGCUCCUCCACCACAAUCCCGCUACAGCGAAAUCAAAAACAUUCCCCAACGCACCGCCGGCUCCGACACCACCACCCCAGCGCCCAAACCCUCCCGCCAACACCAACCCCCCCAGCAACACCAAAACAUACAACACCCCCCCGCUUCCACCUCCAAAAUCGACAUCCACGCCAUCCCCCUACACAAACCCACCAACAAGCCGCUAACCCAAGUCAACAUCGACACCGACCUUCCCCCCUCGGGGGACCAAGACCGGCCCUGGCGUCGUCCCGGCACUGACUUAUCAGACUAUUUCAACUACGGCUUCGACGAGUUCACGUGGGCGCUGUACGCGCAGAAACAGGAGGCGUUACGGGCCGAGUAUAACCCGGAGGCGAUUGCGCAGAGUAAUAAGAAGAUGAUGGAGGAGAUGACGAGUAUGAUGAUGAUGGGGGGGAUGCCGGGGAUGCCUGGAGCCGGUGCCGGCGGCGGACCCGGAGCCGCUGGAGCCGGCCAGGGACCUGGGGGUGUUGGUGUUGGUGCGGGAGGUGGUGUACCCGGCGGUGGUGCGGGAGUAGUAGGUCAAAUGCCAGGGAUGGAGGGGAUGCCGCCGGAGAUGCAGGCGAUGAUGCAGCAGAUGAUGGCGAGUGGGAUGGAUCCGAGUCAGAUGGAUAUGAAUAGUAUGAUGCAGAUGUAUGGAGGCGGUGGGGGCGGCGCUGGCGGCGGACAGGGCGGACAGGGAGGUCAGGGCCAGGGGUUUGGAGGGGGGUAUGGGGGGCAGGGACAGUAUGGUGGGUAUGAGCAGCAGAUGGGCGGGGGUCGGGGUGGGAGGGGACGGGGGAGGAGGUGGUAG